CCACUAUUCUUUUUUUUUUUUUUCUCUGUUGUCUUUGUUAGCAAUAGCAUUGACAUGUGGAGGAAAGUGAAGAAGAGCAAACAACAAUGUCUCCUAUCUCUCUAUGUUUGAGGCCAUUAACAUCUUCUUUUUCUUCAAAUUAUUCUCUCUCUCAAAGCUUCAAAAUCCCAGAAAAUUGCUGUAACAUUAAUAAUAAUAAUAAUAAUAUUAUUACUGUAAAAGGUGGAGAAUUAAAACCCAUAAUUAUCACCGGAAAUCCUCCUACUUUUGUAUCUGCUCCUGAUCGCCGUAUAGUCGCUGUUGGAGAUCUGCAUGGGGACUUGUCCAAGGCAAGAUGGGCGCUCAACAUGGCCGGAGUAUUGAGUUCAGAUGGUCGAGACUCGUGGACUGGGGGCGAAACGGUGUUGAUACAGCUUGGAGAUAUUCUUGACCGAGGUGAGGAUGAAAUAGCAAUCUUGUCAUUGUUGCGGUCACUGGAUAUACAGGCAAGAGUUGAAGGGGGAGCUGUCUUUCAGGUUAAUGGAAACCAUGAAACCAUGAACGUGGAAGGUGAUUUUAGAUAUGUUGAUUCUGGGGGAUUCGAUGAGUGCACAAACUUCCUGGAGUAUCUGAAUGAGUGUAAUCACAACUGGGAAAAAGCUUUUGUUGACUGGAUUGCUGUCUCAGAGAGGUGGAAAGAAGAUCCUACAAAUUCCCAAAAUUCUUGGGGUCCUUGGAAUCUUGUUAAGAGGCAGAGGGGAGUUAUUGCUCGGUCAGUCCUCCUCCAACCAGGAGGCCCACUUGCUUGUGAAUUAGCACGGCAUCCCAUUGUCCUUAAAGUUAAUGAUUGGGUGUUUUGCCAUGGUGGACUUCUUCCUCAUCACGUUGGUUAUGGCAUAGAGAGGAUGAAUAAUGAUGUUUCUCGUUGGAUGAGAGCCGGGCAUGAGGAUGAUACGGAACCUCCUCUCCCUUUUAUAGCCACCAGGGGAUAUGAUAGUGUUGUUUGGAACCGUUUAUACUCGAGAGAUACUUCAGACUUAGCAGACUACCAGAUGAACCAGAUACAAGGAAUUCUUGAAGAAACAUUACAAGCAGUAGGUGCUAAGGCAAUGGUAGUGGGUCAUACCCCUCAAACUUCUGGAGUGAAUUGUGAAUUCGAUUGUAGCAUAUGGCGCAUUGAUGUAGGGAUGUCUAGCGGAGUUCUUGAUUCAACACCAGAGGUUUUGGAAAUACAAGGCAACAAAGCAAGAGCAAUCAGAAGCCAUGGCGACGCUACCAGUGAAUUACAGGUUCUCAGCUUCAUUUAAAGGCAAGCAAGAAAAUAAGUGAUAUUUGUAAGAUAAACAAAAACAUGUUGCUACUUGCUAGUUGUGCAACUGUGAUUUAAGUAGUUUGAUUAAUAUGGCCAAAUCUUGUAUAUUCUGAGCCAGUUUGUCUAAAUGUUUACCCUCUAUUUUUGUAUAUUUUUAACACGAACUUACAUUGUUUAUGAGAAUAAUUGCUCUUUAAUGUGCCCUCUACAUUGUAAUAAAAGAAUAUUGCUGGUCAUCUGGUGAGAUGAGACAGAAAUACCAAUUAUUUUGAUUCUUCAGAA